UGAAGUUUGAGCAUCUAUUGUUUUUGAUCUUUCUAGAACAAUUCCUGUUUGCAAUUUGACAGUAAAUGUUAUUCAACUGUAGUUAUCAAUUCAUUUUUGGAGUAACGUUUUUCCAAAAACAUGAGUUUGUUGCCCUUCUUGGUCUUGGCAUUAUUGAAAUGUGGCAUAUCAUUUUCAAUCGACACAGAAUUUGCGAACUGGAAAGCUAUGGUUUUUGUGCUCCCAAAUGAGAGAAUUGAAGGCGCUCACAGGUCAUGUGCCGAGCUGGGAGAAGUGUUCUGCUACAUCGGCUUUGUGAUCGACAGUAGACAGACUCUUCGCAUCCCCCACUCGUUCGACUUUGCCCAGUUCUACCAACUGAUUCGACCAGUGCACAAGAGAAUCAACUGGGUCUCACUUUCACGCAGAAACGCAUUCGAGCGUGGAGAUUGUUGUCAUGACCAGACUGAAAUCUACGAGAGAUUCGGUCAAAGAAAGGGCGUGACCCCUCUAGAAUACUUCUCAAAUGUCACCGACUUCAGAAGCCGAGGAAAGAAACUCACUCUACUACAGUCUGUAUACAACGAAGAACUUUGUGUUAACAUCAUCAAUCUAGUGGGAUUUGGACAAGGUGGAUUCAAGUUGAGAGGUGGACAUCAGGAAGCACCCUACGUUAUAAGAACAAACAGCUCAAUUGACGUGUUUAUCAGAGGCACAAUCCAGCGAAAUCUGAGUUUUGAUUGGUUCAAAAGUAACUUUAUUUGCAGAAGACAGCCUUGGAUUUGUGAAGAGUUUCCAGUUUAUAGUCUUCUGGACAAUUGAUUUGUAAAUGUUAUCUCUAUUCAAUUAAGCUGUAAAAGUUUUGGUGUUUUUCACGAUAU